UUUUUUUUUUUUUUACCCCGGUGACCGUUGAAGGCGCCCAGGGGGGUCCUGAGAGUUCGAAGACAGAAGCCGUCCAAUCAGAUAGCAGGGCUGGGCAGGCGCUCUGUUUGAGUGGCUGAUUGACGGCCUGCGCCCAGAGGACGGGCGGCUUGAGGAGAUGACGGUCGAGCGGUGAGGAGAGCAGCGGCGGUUCGGAAGGGCGGCUAUGGAUGGUCCCGGAAAAAGGCUGGCUCAGCUGGCCGUGCAGCAACAUCUCCGAGCCGCCUACGGGAUCAAGCUGAAGAAUCGCACCGGGAAGAGGAAAGCGUCCAGGUCGACGGUCGCGGGAGAGGGAAAAGUAUUUGGAAUACCUCUUCAAGAAUUACCUCAAGUUGUAUGUGAAUAUGGAAAUAUACCUUGCUUUUUAGUUGAGGCUUGUCAAUACUUGGAAGAACAUAUUCAAAUAGAGGGGCUCUUCAGAAAAUCUGGAUCAGUUGUUCGCUUAAAAACUUUAAAGAAUAAAGUGGAUAAAGGUGAAAAUUGCCUAUCCAGUGCACUACCAUGUGAUGUUGCAGGACUUUUGAAGCAGUUCUUCAGAGAAUUGCCUGAGCCAAUCCUUCCAUAUCAUCUGCAAGAAGCUCUUAUUAAGGCCCAGAAGUUAGACAGCGAGGAGCGGAAUUCUGCUACACUACUCAUCUCCUGCCUUGUAAAUGAGGAAAUAAUUGAAACUCUCAGAUAUUUCUUCCAGUUUCUCAAAAAAGUGUCUCUAAGAUCUGCUGAGAACAAGAUGGAUAGUUGUAAUCUAGCAGUAAUUUUUUCUCCAAAUCUCUUGCAAUCAAGUGAAAUUGAAAAAAUAUCUGUACACACAGAGAAGAAACUCCGCUUGCAGGCUGGAGUUCUGCAGACAUUGAUUGAUCAUGCAGAAGAAAUAGGACAAAUACCAAAGUUUAUCCUGCAAAAAAUACCAUCCAUACUUGGCAUUGAUGAUUCUGCUUCUACCCCUGUACUCCAUGAUGAUCAAGAAAGCGAAAUUGAAACUCCCUCUGAACACUUGAGAAGGAGACGGCAGAGCAUAGGAGAUAUUGUUAGUGGAGCUCUGAAUAAACUUAAAUCUAACAGAACACCCUCCACUACUCCACAGAGAGACCAAUGUGUCUUUUCAUCAAUGACUCCAGUGAUGGUUACUCCAAAUUGUAAGCGUAAAUAUCCUGCUGAUUCUUGUCAACGCUUAUCUAGCAAGAAAAGGCGAUCUGUUGGACAUAGCAUGGGUCCUGAAAUGCUACCAAAUACCCUUUUUAACAUUAGCUUAACACCUGGAUCAGCUCCAUUUGAAGAUAGCCCUUUUGUGUCUCUGGAUACAUCUCAAGCUUCAUUAUCUACCUCAGCUACUUGUGAGAAAUCUCUCUCUACUGUAAGAAGUCGAAGGAGCAAAAGGAUUGCCAAUAAAAAAGUACAAAGAGUUGAAUCUGGAAAAACAGGUUGUUUUUCUCCUAAAAUCAGCCGGAAAGAAGUGGUACGCAGGUCAUUACGAUUGAAGUUCAUUCUUGGAAGAAGCAACAGACAGAAUACUGUAGUGGAGCAUGAAGGUAACCACAGAGCUGAAAGCAUUGGUCACCGACUUGCUGGUCAUCAAGAUAAAGAAAAUGGAGUGGGAACUAUGAAGACUGCAACAUUGUUAAGCCCAAGUGUUGGUUUGAAAAACAUCAGCAAGUCAGAAGAAAAUUUACAAAUACCAAGCCAUCAUACUGCAGCAAACUAUCGAAUGUCUUGGAUUGGUCCUGCAACCACAGACUCUCAGGAGACCAGAAUUUCAUUAAUGGGAUGUCCUGAAACAGAAAUCUCUUCUUCCGAAACUGCUUCUGCCAAUAGAAAGCCAUUAGUUAUUCCUAUUGAGCCCAUGUUUGCAAAUAGUGAAUGUGAUAGCAAUAAAAAAAAAACAUCUUUUUUUGAGGAUGAAAAUAAUUUAACUGAACACAUGCUACUGAGAAUUAAGAAAGCGUUUUCUGAAUCUGGAAGCAACCUUCAUGAUUUAUAUGAAAUGGAGCCUUCAACAUCAAAUGUAUUAAAAUUCAAGAACCCAGAACUUAAAUUGAACGAUUUCUUUAAAACAACAGAUAAGACAGUAGAUGUUAAGGAGGAACCUCAGUUUGCAAAAUCAGUCACUAAAUCGAAUACCAUUGAUCAGGUCAAUGCUAUUAAUGGACUCCUCUUCCAAAAUAAUAAGAGUGAUCAUCCAGUUCAUAUUUUAAAUCAAAGUGAUGAAUUAGAAGAAGUAGACCAGUUGAUUACAUCUCAUGUUAUUCAAUUAAAUAAUGUAAAUAAUGUGCAGAAGGAGAUAGUGGAAUCAAAUAAGCAAUUUAUCUGUCCAAAAAAGAAAUCUAAAUACUGUAAUUCAAAGAAAGAGACCUCUUUCUCAGAAGGUGGAGAUAAAAAUGACCAACUGUUUCUUGAAACGGAAUCCUAUGACAAAUCUAAAUCUUCCCCUUCAGGAAAAGUGGCUGAUCAUAUACAUUGGUUCAACAAACUUUCAUUAAACGAAUCACAUUCUGCAACCAGAAGAAAGCCAGUGCUUAGAUUUCAACGUACCCCAGUCCGUCAAUCUGUAAGGAGAAUAAAUUCCCUCUUGGAAACUCAUAAACAGUCAGUUACUUGUAAACAAGCUGGUGAUGGCUGCACUUCUCUUGCUAAAUCAGUGAGCUACGAAACUGCAUUGUCUUCCUAUGCAGUAACUACAGACAAUUCACUGACAAAUUCACUACCUUCUAAACUUACAUGCAAAGAAAAACAUGAUGAGUUGGCUCUCUUUCCUAAAUCCUAUCCUCAUUUGAUAUAUCCAUCAGAGCAAACCAUCAAAGAAACGUUUAAUAAUAAUUCCAAAUCUGUCCUUGAGGACUUAACUAACCAUGAAGCACCAAAAACUAUUGUGAAAACGAACACAAGCUUAAAUGCUUCAGUGGGUACACCUGAUAAAUAUGUUCUCAGGAAAACGGCAGGAACAAAGUCUCGGUAUAGAGGAUCACCCAAAAACCCAAUCCCCACAACAAAACUUCUUCCAAUUGUCAAGCCUCUUGAUUUAUAAUGGUUUGAUCCCAGCCAUAUUUCUGUGCUCUUAUAUCUAAGCUUGUAAAUGUAGAACUGAAAAUGUUGGAUCCAGAAUCGGUUCUCCUUGAAGACCUUAUUCACAGACAGAUCCCACUGGUGGAAGCUUUUGGUGUCAUUUUCCCUUACCCUGAAGUCACUUAUGCUUCCCCAGAUCUGCACAGGACUGUACUCCAGAACAGUAAAGCAAAUGCUGCUGUGUUGUGCAGGGGGAAAAAGAACAUUUUGAGUGGAACUCCACUCAAGACAAUUUUCCUGCUGGCAAAAAAGCUCAAUCCAAGCUUUUAUCUUUCUUUAAAUUGUCUUAAGUGUGUCUCUUGAAUUUAUUUGGGACUGAAACUUGAAGUUCUGUUGAGCGAAUGAAGCUUGAAUAAGUUCUGCUGAGUAGCAUUUAUUUCAAGAGCCCUAAUUUUGGUACUUGUUUUUAAGUUUUACCAAAUUUUAUGAAUGAGAACCUGGAAGUUGACUGUAACUUAACUCAGAGAUAAACAGUUAAAGGAUUGGUUUCUAGAAAACAAAAAGCUUAAUACUACAUUUGCAAAAUACUUAAUUUAGGGAUUAAGUUUCACAAAUGUGCCGUGCUUUUUUAUAAUAUUUGGUUAUCUAGAAGGCUUGUAUUUGUAAAAUUUAUUUCUGGGAGUGGUAAUUUAGGUCCUCUAUGACAACAGCAAAUGUACUUUAUCCAUACUUUGGACAGGUGCACUUUUUUGUAGACUCAAACAAAUGGUGACUUAGUAGAAUGUUAGGUACAUGUAUCAAAUCAUCACACGUUUUACAAUUGGAGUGGAGAUGUAUUGAGAAUUCUAGCACAGCAAAUGGAAGAAUGUUCCAGAGCUGCUGAAUGGAUGUUAUUGUCUUAUGUUCUUUACUGGGGAGAGGGGGUUUAGAAGGUAGUGAAAGAACUUGCUAGUUCUUUUUUUUUAUGACUGUACUAUAAUAUAGGAUAUUGUAUAAUUCAUAUGUGAUUGAGAUACAUUGUAUAAAGCCAUACUGUUUAGAUGCACAGCAUUUUGAUCAAGUUGCCCUAUUGAAAUGAUUCAUAAUUGUUGUAUACUAUAUAUAAAUUAUUUAAAUUUGAAAUAGAGUUUUAGUAUAGUUUGGGGAGAAGAAUGCUAAAAACUCUUACCUCUGAAAUAAAAAAAGCUUAAUUUUUUUUUCUA